AAGUGCCUUCAUGUAUGGAGCAGAACUGGAGAUUCAAGCCAAUGACCCAUUCAAUAAAGUCAACACUGGGAGGAUCAGAACUCUUCAGGAUGAGACCCCAGUAUGUGCUGUGUGCCGGUCCAUUAAUCGGUCCAGUCAAGUCAUGAUCCCAGCGAGAAGAGAAUGUCCAGAAAGCUGGACUCAGGAGUAUAAUGGCUACCUUAUGUCGUCACAUCAUGGACACAAAAGAUCUCAAUUUGUGUGCAUCGAUGGGGCACCUGAGGUAAACGAGGGUGGAACUGGGAACCAAAAUGGUGCCCUGCUGUACGUGGUUGAAGCAAAGUGUGGCUCCCUCCCAUGUCCAAGUUAUGUGGAUGGCAGAGAACUGACUUGUGUUGUUUGUUCAAAGUAAAUUGCGUAGAUGUGAUUGUGUAAUUGUGGUAGAUGUGAUUGUGCUGAGUUGUCUAUUAUAAAGCACAUUUGUCUUGUUCCAGGCACUGCAUGUAGUUUCGCAAAAUUUAAAAAUAGUUUUAUUUUGAUUGUAAUUUUAGGUCCAUACUUUUUACCUACUUUGAGCUAAGAUAAAUCAGUUGUAUUCCAUGUCAAUGAGAAUAAUAUACCAGUUCACAAAAUGAGAGAAAUACCUUAUGCUUUAUCUAUGUUUUUUCAUCAUUUUAGGUACUUUACUUGAUUGAAAUAGAACAAAUUUUAGAGCUUUAAAACCAAUAUUUUACUUAAUAUUUGUUAAACCAGUUCCAGCAACAUGGCUGGUCAAGAUGUAAUUGGUACU